CCCCAAGGCGAGCUGUUUGCGUUAUCUGUCAGCUUUCAGUCAUGAACAAAGCGCCCUGCGCCUAACACACCCGGCCGCUCGUUUAUACAGACACGUCUAGUGGAUUCCUUUGUGUUUAGGAAGGGAAAGUUAAAAGAGCUUUGCUGCUACUUGCGGUGCAGACACGCGGGGCUCUUUAAGACUAGUCUCGGCUGGUGCUGAAGCUGAGCAUGCUGGGAGUACAAUUGAGUCCCGGGGCCUGUGCUGGGAGGUUACACUCGGGGUAGCUCGGCUCACACUGUCACACUAGAAGGCGCGGACCGGAUCGAGGCAGGUAAGUUGUGCGGACUCAUGUAAUCUUCGAGGUUUGUGCGUGUCACUUUUUGGAACACAUAAAAAGUUCAGAAUGAAUGAGGAUUCAAUAAGAUCUUCAGAAGCACUUGAGACAUUGACUGAAGUGCCUGAACACAUACUUAGGGGCCUUCCUGAAGAACUGAGGCUCUCUCCUUCUGCUGUGGAUAACAGGAGACUUGGUGUCUGGGCCAGAAAGCAAGUUCAAAGGGGAAAGAAAUUUGGGCCAUUUGUUGGUGAAAAAAAGAAGCGUUCUCAAGUAAAGAACAAUGUGUAUAUGUGGGAGGUAUACUAUCCAAACCUUGGAUGGAUGUGUGUUGAUGCUACUGAUCCUCAAAAGGGCAACUGGUUGCGAUAUGUGAACUGGGCUCGCUCUGCAAAGGAACAGAAUUUGUGCUCUCUAGAAAUCAAUAGGGCUAUUUACUACAAGACUCUAAAGCCAAUUGAGCCGGGAGAAGAGCUCUUAGUGUGGUACAAUGGGGAAGACAACCCAGAUAUAGCAGCUGCUAUUGAGGAAGAGAGAACUGCCAGCCACCGAAGCAAGAGGAGCUCGCCGAAAUCCAGGAGGGGUAGAAGGAAAACACUCAAUGGUAAAAAGAAGAUUAACUUAGAAAAACAAGAAGAGAGGAGUAUUGAUGAUCACAUUACUGCCGAAAUGAAGGACUCUCCAGGCAUUCCCAAUGAAGAGGAUGUAAAGCCUCUGGGUUCCCCCAUUCUUUCUCUUGAGCAGACUGCCGUGAUCCAAGAAAUGGUAAACCAGAAUGUCCUUCCAGAGCAGAUCUCAAUAUCGACCCAUGAGGUUAGCAUUACAGAAGAAGAAAGUGCUGUAACUGAACAGACAGAUAUUGAUGACUCGCACAAAGACAGUUCCGAAUCAGUGAAUCUGGAGGAGGAAAAUGGUGAAAUGUUAGAAGAAAUUAAAAGUACAUCAGAUGAAACUCCAGAGGGCUCCCCUAAAAAGAAACUAACUGCUAAAAUACCAAAACCUAAAGAUGAUAUCAAUGGGGAAUUAACAGCAGCAUUUAUGUAUCCUUGCCAACACUGUGAGAGAAAAUUCACUACUAAGCAAGGUCUUGAGCGCCAUAUGCAUAUCCAUGUUUCAACUGUUAAUCAUGCAUUUAAAUGCAGAUACUGUGGGAAAGCAUUUGGUACUCAGAUUAAUCGUAGAAGACAUGAGCGGCGCCAUGAAGCUGGACCAAAAAGGAAAACUUUAAUUGUAUCAGGAUCAAGUGAAUUUGGUCAAAGUCAAAAACACAUUAUUGAUUCCCUUAAAACGACUGAAGAAAAUAACAGUACUAGAAUUCAUUGUAAAACAAAUGAAUCCGAUGGGGAUAUGUCACAGUCUUUUCUUUCAGAAGAAAAUUGCGAAUCCAGAGAAAUGCAUCCCUGCAAAUACUGUAAGAAAAUAUUUGGAACGCAUACAAACAUGCGUCGGCAUCAGCGCAGGGUUCAUGAGCGUCAUCUUAUUCCUAAGGGUGUAAGGCGAAAAGGAAGUCUGCUGGAAGACCCACAGUUGCAAUCUGAACAGACACCUCCAGCUGAGAACAUCUAUGUUGCAAAUACUGAAAUUGAGGAGGAUGGGGAAGCUGAUGAUGUGUACAUUAUGGAUAUCUCAAACAAUAUAUCAGAAAACCUUACUUACUAUAUUGAUGGCAGAAUACAGUCAAAUAGCACCAGUAGCAGUUGUGAUGUGAUAGAAGUUGAAACUAACUCAACAGAUAUUCUCGGACUUAAUUGUUUACUUACACCUAUUAAGGUGGAAGUUACUCAAAAUAUCAAGCAGUUGCAACCAGUUAGUGUGCCAGAUAAUCCACUUAAUGACUCUGCUUGUUGUGGAAACAAGGAACCAAAAAAGAGAAGAACUAUAAGCCCUCCUCUGUUGACAAAAAUAAAGACUGAAGUUGAACUUGAGCCCAUAACACCUUCUUGUUCUAUUAGUAUUCCUCUAAGUGUAUCUGUGAGUGAUAACCUGUCAUUUCAAAAAGAAAAAAAUGUCUACCUGUCUUCGAAGCUGAAACAGCUUCUUCAAAUGCAAGAUAGCAAGAAGUCUCAGGUUAGUCCCUCAUUGUUGUCAGAGGUUUCUAAAUCAGGGGCAGCCUUGUCAACAGUGUCGAACAGGUUUAAAAGGCGGACAACUUCUCCUCCCAGUUCUCCACAACACAGUCCAGGUUCUAAAGAAUUUGUGAAACAAAUAGAUGGGAAAACAACAUGGACUGAAGUGCAAGGCCCAAAAGUGCCAAAAUUUGAAAGCCUCGACAGCUCUCCUGCCUGGAGUUUAUCUGGCAAAGAGGAGAGAGACAAUGAUAGUCCAUCUUGUUCUGAAGAAUUGAAACCGUCUAAAGACUGGGUGUCAAAUUCAGUAUUUGGCAGUUCUUGCUUCCAGCAACCAUUAGAUUUAUCGAGUGGAGUAAAACAAAAACCGGAAAGCCGAAGCCAGUCCCAAGUUCCUUGGGAAUCUGUACUUGAUCUUAGUGUAAAUAGAAAGGCUGGCAGUGAUUCUGAUGCAAAGGAAUUUAAAGGGAGUAUUGGUAUUAAAAAGAAAAAACCCACUACAUGCAUGCUGAAAAAGGUCCUAUUAAAUGAAUAUGAUGGGAUAGAAAUUACAGGGGAAAAUAUUCAGCAAUCAGAAAACAUUCUACAUCACUGCGAAUCUGAAGAUCAGAAACUGGUGUUGGAAUUUGGUACUGGUUCAAGUGAAGAAAUAUCUCUUCCCCCUGAUAAUUCUUCACCUCCCCCAGCUGAAAACAUGCAUGUUGUUGUUAGUCAGUCACCACCUAUUCUCACUUCAUCAGAGGUACAUCUAAGUCCUAAUCCUCCUCCAUAUUUGACAGAAGUAACAUCACCAUUACUUUUAACUACUCUUCCUUCACUCCCAGAUUCUUUAUGCAGUGUCCCUCCUACGCCAUCUUGCCCAUCAUCUAUCUCAGCUAGUACACAAUCACCACUGCCUAUUCUUUCACCUACUGCAUCACCAUCCCCACCCCCUUCUCCUACUGAUGAUCCCUCAGUCUCUGCUUCACCUGGUCCUCCGACCCUCUCAUCUUCAUCUCCUACUUCAUCAUCUUCAUCCUCUUCCUCCUCCUGUUCAUCUCCUCCCCCUUUAUCUGUAGUUUCAUAUCUUAUGUCUCCAAUAAAUUCUGAAAAUUCUGCAAUUACAUUUAUUAAAGAAGAGAAGACUGAGGAAGAUUUGAUACAGGGCAAUGAAAAAGAAUCAUGUAGUGACAGUUUCAAUAAAAGUUUUGUCUGCAAUGUAUGUGAAUUACCAUUUGUCUCUAUUAAAGACCUCGCCAAACAUAUUUUUGUGCAUGCUGAAGACUGGCCCUUCAAAUGUGAAUUUUGUGUGCAACUUUUUAAAGAUGUGCCAAAUCUGUCUGAACACCGUCUUUUACUACAUGGAGUUGGAAAGAUUUUUGUUUGUUCUUUAUGCAAAAAGGAAUUUGCCUUCCUUUGUAACCUGCAGCAGCAUCAGCAAGAUUUGCAUGCAGAUAAAGAAUACAGCCAUCAAGAAUUGGAAAGUGGAACUCUAAGACCACAAAACUAUACAGAUCCCUGUAAGGCAAAUGCAAUUCACAGUGAGAGGAUGGACAAUGAUCCCAUGACUCCAAAUCCGGACGAUGAUGGGGAUUUAAAUGAUUCAUCCGAAGAACUAUAUACAAGCAUAAAAAUUAUGGCAUCAGGUGAAAAAACAAAAGAUCAUGAUAUCCGAAUGGGUCUUAACCAGCACUACCCCAGCUUCAAGCCACCACCUUUUCAGUACCACCACAAAAAUCCAAUGGGUAUUGGAGCAACUGCAACUAAUUUCACUACUCACAAUAUUCCACAAACAUUUACUACUGCUAUCCGUUGCACUAAAUGCGGAAAGAGCGUUGACAACAUGCCUGAAUUGCACAAACAUAUAUUAGUAUGUGCUUCUGCAAGUGACAAAAAGCGAUAUACCCCUAAAAAGAAUCCAAUUCCUUUGAGGCAGACUGUGCAAUCUAAAAAUGGGGUUGUCAUUCUAGAGGCCUCGGAUAAAAAUACGUUUCACCAUAUAGGACAACCUAAAAAGCUUAACUUUACUAUUGAGAUUGGUAAAUUAUCUUCAAACAAACUUAAACUAAGUGCUUUUAAAAAGAAAAAUCAGCUUGUUCAUAAAGCAAUAUUGCAGAAAAAUAAGGCUGCUAAACAAAAGACAGGUUUUAAAGCAAAUAUGGCUACAGAUCCUGACUCUCAUGUUUGCCCGUAUUGUAACAGAGAGUUCACAUAUAUCAGAAGUUUAAAUAAGCAUGCAUCAUUUAGCUGUCCAAAGAAGCCAGCCUCCCCUACUUCAAAAAAAUAUAUUUCUAAGUCAUCAAAAAAAGCAUGUUCCUCUUUUUCAUCUUCUACCAAGAAACAUAAAGUCAGCAGCACUCGGAAAACGGCAGAUGCAGAGAUUAAAAUGCAAAGCACAGAGACAAAUUUGGGAAAAACUAGAGCAAGGAGCUUAGGGCCUACACCAGUUCAAUUGCCUUCUAUGCCUAACAAGCCCAAGCAAAGUCUGAAAUAUGCACCUCAGGUUAAAUCCAAAAAACAGAAUGUUAUAAGGAACUCAAGUCCCAUGAGAAUAGUCAAAAAUCAUGCUCCUUAUGAGGGAAAGAAAGCAAAAAAAGCAGCGUUGAAUAAUUUGACAUCAUCCAUUGGCAAAGCACCAAAAAAACUGCAUGUCCGAGUUCAGAAAAGUAAACUGCAAAUUAAAUCCACGGCUAAAAAGAAAAAAACGGACAAGGUUUAUGUUAAAUCAAGGAAAAGAAUUGGUGGACCUAUCACACGAAGCUCUCAACUAACUGCAGACCCAGUGGAUAAGAGAGAUGAAACACAGGGGAAGCCAGAUUCUAGGAACUUUCCUUAAUUUCUGCAUCCUUGUGUUUCUCUUUGUACUCCUGGGAAUAACUGUUGCAUAUUGAAACGAAAGCACUACAAGAACAGCAAGAAAAUGCAAAUCAAUCUACACCCAACCUUUGCAGUCAUUUUUUUUAUCACAAACGUGUAAAACUUCUAAAAAAAAAACAAAAAAAAAAAACAAAGUUCAACAUCAUCCGGCAUGCUGGAAUCAAGGCUGUUCAUUCCAAAUGGAUUCUGAAAUUUUCACUGAAAUUUGUUACCAUGAGUGUAACAUUGAAUGCAAACGACUGCCGCAAAUGAGUUUAUUAUAAAGCAAGUAAAAUGUGAAUCGUGUCCUAUGUAAAUGUUUAUGUGCAUAUUUUGGCAAUUCAGGGUUUAAAAAAAAAAAAAAAAAAGCUGCAUUUGACACAAUUAAGUAUUGCACCAAAUCAGGACAAACAUUUUACUGAAACCUGCACUUGCACCAAAAAUGCAGACUUGAAAAUAUAAAAUUUCAGCUGAGCUUUCCAGCAGUAAAGAGAAGACACAGGAAUUACAGUUUAGAUUUUACAUCUGAUUUUACAAGGUCCUAGUUUUUUUUUUUCUAUCUUGCUCAGAUUUAGAGGUGUAAUGCUAAUAUAUGUUAAAUUUUACUCCGAAACCCCAUGUCAUAGGUAAGACCCCUUGCAUUGGUCUUGUGAAAGCAUUUAUGUCCUGGAAUUGAUUUUGCUUACAUAAUGCACAAUUUUUUUUUUUCCAAAUAUUUCUACUCCUUUAUUUGCCUGUUUGCAAUGCUACACAAUGCCUAGGUUAGCAAUGCAUGGAUAACCGCCUUUAUUUAUCCCUUUUAUUUGUUACCAGUUUAAAGAGUAAAUCUACCUCCUAGACUCUUGUUCAACACUUGUUUGGUAAAUAUGUGCCACUUUAUUGCUUUCACUAUCAUUCCCAUUUUGUUACAUUUCUCUAACAGGGACUUUUAUGUUCAGAACUUGUAUAAAGCAUUUGUAUUAAGUAAAAACAAAAAAAACAAAAAAUACAAUAUUUAAAAUUUAUUUAAGUUGUUUUGGACACGUCAGCUGUAUUAUAUGAUUUAUUUGUCUAGCAGCUCAGCUAUAUCUUCGGGGGUGUACUGUUCUGGAGUUCGCUAUUGUGUUGUUUUUUUUAUGUUUUUGUUUAGUUGGCAAGUGAUUUGGAAAAAUAUAUACUAUUGGAAUAAUUACAGUUUGCAUAUUUGACAUAAAACAAGGUUGUCGUUGCUUUUAAACCUUUCAACAUUGACAAAUAUAUUUUACGUACAAGUAUACAACUAAGAUGUGGUUUAUGCUAUUUUUAUUCUGGCAUGAAAUCUUGUGAUUGUCAGAUGUGUUUUAAAAUAAGAUUAAUAAAAAAAAAAAAAAAAGACUUUUAUGCUGUUUCAAGCACUUAUGAAUGGGGCUACCGUGAUACCUUUUAUAUACUUGUAAUCAAUAAAAAAAACUUUAAUAAAGA